GCCCAUGAGUUCUUGCUGGUUUGCCUGUCUCACCUUAAAGAGGAGGGCGAGUUUCUGCGAAGCUGCUGGCCCACAUACACCUGCCCAGUAGCUAACAUGGAGUUUCAGCUCAACCGCCUUCUCACCUGCAACAGCUGUGGUUUCCAGAGGAGCUUUACAGAGGAUUCCAACUACCUCUCUCUGGUGAUCAGUCCUCAAAGAAGCCUCACUCACAGCCUGGAGCAGUACUUCAAAACAUCUUCGUUGGACUGCUCAUGCAGUGAGUGUGCUGGCGCGACAGCUUCUGAGGCCCUGGAAUUAGUUACCUGUCCACGGAUCCUGGUGCUUCUGGUGAUGCGUUUUGACAUAACAUCGUCAAUGAAGAAGCUGAAAGAUAAACUGGAAGUUCCACAAGAGUUUUCACUGUCCUGUAGUACAGGUGGAAGAAUCAGACAGCAGGACACUGUAUAAACUAGCUGGUGUCGUGUCACAUAUGGGCAGCAGUUUGUAUUGUGGGCACUACAUCAGUUAUGUCCAUGACGGAUCUGAAUGGCUUAAAUGCAGUGACAACUCCAUCAAAAAAUCCAGCUGGACAAAGGCUUCAAAAAAAAUAGGAAAGAAUGGCUACAUGCUCUUCUACGUGAAGAG